GGGGAUUGUAGGUGUAUUGCUUGAUUGUUCUACCCCUGUUCCCACUCUCCCUACCCCCCGUGUUCUGUGAUUACCGGGACUUCUCAAGUACCGCAUCGGUUCAGACUGAUGUYGACGGAACARGACACCGGGGCACUGCCACGACGCAGUGCCAGAAUCGCAGUUCGUGCCCGCCCUGCAGUACCUCCAAGACCGAAGAAACUCAGCAGGCGGAUGACUCCAGCAGCAUCAAGUACGGCAUUGACGGUACAAGACGCCACCGGAGAUCAUCCCGCAUACCCAGUCCGAGGAGCCAAUGAGCCAGCGACUGAUUAUCGUGGGCGGCUACUGGCAUUUACGGAAACCGUAGCUGCCGUCGAGGCCCGGAAGGAGACAGCAGAGGCAGAACGUCAUUGGCUAGCCAAUGAAGCGGCAGCCGAAGCUCAGCGAACGAUUGAGACUGACGCAGAGACACGAGACAGACGGAAUGCCAGCAGCACGGAGUCCUGGAUUGCUUGUGAGCAUCAGUGGACGACGAUACUCCAAGACAUGAUCUUUGUGCCUACGGAAGCGCAGGGAGACCCGACACCGGCGGAGGCAGAGAGAAGUAACCUGGCUAACUUACUGCUGGGCAUGAUGAGAGGUAUUAUGUGGAAUAAUACACUGCUGCAUUCACAUCUGCGCACGGACGCGACGCAGCGACAAACAUACAAGAACGAUAUGACUGCGUUAACAACUGCUAUCCGCACAGAGGCAACGCAGCAGCAGCAACAACAUCAUCUGUUGAAUUCCACUAUCACACGCGUCAACAGCAUAGAGGCUAACGCCUCAGYAGCGCCAGGCUGCACGACAGACGUGACGAAGCAACUCAACGAGCGCAUCGAUCACGUCGUCACCAUCAUCGGCGACAUAAGUACUUUCAACGGAUCCGACUCGAUCAGCAGCACGGUGGCCGCCAUCAAGACGGACAUUACCAAGCUACAGACGAGACCGGAAGCCGCUAGAAAGACGUUCAAGAUGCCGCACUUCGACAUCAGCAAGUUCGAUGAUUACAAGUCGGACGCCUUGUCAUGGUGGCAACGCUUCCUCACGGAAGCAUCAUGCCGCAUGGUCCCGACGGAAGACAUGUUGAAGGCAGUAUAUCUGCAGCUGAUUGGAGGAGCGCAAGGAUGGAUGAACCACCUAGCGGCUACACACAAGUGCACUGUCGCCGAACUCCACACGCACAUUACGUGGAAGGACUUCAAGCAGCUAUGGUUCACCAGAUUCAUGGUGCGCAACGUCGUGAAGAUGGCCAUGAACGAGGUUUACACAUGCUCUCAAGGGAACAUGCCAACGCGAGACUAGGCAUCAAAAUGGCAGAAGAUAGUGACCACGCCAGGCUUCGACUUGCGUUCCCUAAUCAACGAUCCGAGUUCUU